UCGCCUCCGGUCAGGCCCCGCCGAGGCCGGCUCCUCCCUCCGCCUGCCCUCCCCCCCCCUCCCUCCCUCUCUCCCCGACCCCCGCCCCUCCCCGGCUGCCGCACCGGGUAGGUUUCCAGUCACUAUGGCGGCCGCUGCGCUGAAGGUCGGAGGAAAGUUUUCGCGGCCGGCGGUCGCCUGAGGAGAGGCAAGAGCUACCGAGCGGGAGGCGCCCGGGCCCGGCCGCCAGGCCUCUCCCGCCGCCGCCGGGUGGAGAAGCGUGAGGGGCUGAGGGGCGGCCCCCCCCCGAUGCGCAGCCACCUGCGGAGGGGCUGAGAGGAGCGGAGCUGCGGCCGCCUCUUCCUCUUCAUCCUCCUCCUCGGCGUCCUCCUCCUCCUCCUCCUUCUCUCCCCGAGCAGGGGGCUCCUGGCUGGGACCCCCCCCGGGGGCAGGAGGGAGCCUGCCCCACGCCUGGCCCCGCUGGCAGCAACCUGUCAGCCCGCUCCUAGGCCGGCCCCGGAGGAGUCUCCCCUCGCCUCGGCUUGUCCCCGGGAGAAGCAGCUUGCAGCCCUCUCCAUGCCUUAUCAAGUUCCUUAUCUGAGUGGCGGCGAGGAACUGUAGAGCAGCUCGGCUUUAUCAGGGGUAGGGGAGGAAAAGAGCGUAGCGCCUAAAUCCAGGACCAUCGGUUCGGCUUUGUUUUAAUAUGCGAAGAUGAUGAAAUGCGGCUUGCCCUGUGAGACGGCUAGAUCCCUGUUGCGGAGCGAGGGCUUCGUGGUCACCUUCCAGCUCCUCACCUGUGUGCUUUGAGAGAGGACGUUGAUCCUUUUCCCCCUUCCCUAAACCUUUCUUUGCUUCCAUGUUACGUGGGUCAGAAUUUUGGUCAGUGUUGUUUACGGAAGGGGGAAAAAAAAGAAGGCAGUUGAGGUCCCAAACAAAAGUAUUUGUAUGACUCAUCUACUUGGAUUUGAGACAUUCUAUCCUUCUUUCAAGGAGCCUUUGCUUCUCUUUGAAGGAAUCAGAUGCUUGUUCCUAUUCUUCCAGAGGAGGAUGGAUUGAAAGUUGUGCGUUUUAGACUUUUUCUGGGCCACUGCCGAUGUUGUUAAAAGACAUAAUGGGGCUUUUUCACUGGAUUAUUGCCAGAAUUAGUUUACACACUGAAACAAUGAGUUGUUAGGCCUCUCAUACGUGAUAAUGUUUGUCGUGCUUUAAUGUAAAGUUGCUGUGGAGGUUCGGCUUAAAAAUCGUGGAGGACAGUCUGCAUCGGAAGAGGUUCUCUUCAUCUCUGGUUGGUGUGGCAACCCCAAUCUGUCCUCGAUGCCUUCAGCCUUGGCCAUCUUCACUUGCCGCCCGAACUCUCAUCCGUUUCAGGAGCGUCAUGUCUACCUGGACGAGCCUGUCAAGAUUGGCCGCUCAGUGGCUCGCUGCCGGCCAGCUCAGAAUAAUGCAACUUUUGACUGCAAGGUGCUGUCCAGGAACCAUGCUCUUGUCUGGUUUGAUCACAAGACAGGCAAGUUCUAUCUUCAAGACACUAAAAGUAGUAAUGGUACCUUUAUUAAUAGUCAGAGACUGAGUAGAGGAUCUGAGGAGAGCCCACCAUGUGAGAUUAUGUCAGGUGACAUCAUCCAGUUUGGUGUAGAUGUGACAGAGAACACGCGGAAAGUUACCCAUGGAUGUAUAGUCUCCACAAUCAAACUUUUUCUUCCAGAUGGAAUGGAAGCUCGAUUGCGAUCAGAUGUUAUCCAUGCUCCAUUACCAAGUCCUGUUGACAAGGUUGCUGCUAACACUCCCAGUAUGUAUUCUCAGGAAUUGUUUCAGCUUUCACAGUAUCUACAGGAAGCCUUACAUCGGGAACAAAUGUUGGAACAGAAGCUGGCAACCCUUCAGCGACUACUUGCUGUCACGCAAGAGGCUUCAGAUACUAGUUGGCAGGCUUUAAUAGAUGAAGACAGGCUGCUAUCAAGAUUAGAGGUUAUGGGAAAUCAGCUACAAGCAUGUUCAAAAAAUCAAACAGAAGACAGUAUACGAAAAGAGCUUAUAGCAUUACAAGAAGACAAACACAACUAUGAGACAACAGCCAAAGAGUCCCUGAGGCGGGUCCUACAGGAGAAAAUUGAAGUAGUCAGAAAACUGUCUGAAGUGGAGCGGAGUUUAAGUAAUACAGAAGAUGAAUGUACUCAUCUUAAAGAAAUGAAUGAGCGGACUCAGGAAGAAUUAAGAGAAUUAGCUAAUAAGUACAAUGGAGCUGUAAAUGAAAUUAAAGAUCUUUCUGACAAGCUAAAGGUAGCAGAAGGAAAACAAGAAGAAAUCCAACAGAAAGGAUUGGCUGAGAAAAAAGAACUGCAGCAUAAAAUAGAUGAAAUGGAAGAGAGAGAGCAAGAGCUUCAAGCAAAAAUAGAGGCUUUGCAGGCCGAUAAUGACUUCACCAAUGAGCGGCUAACUGCUUUACAAGUACGGUUAGAACACCUUCAAGAGAAAACUCUUAAAGAACACAACAGCUUAGGCAUACAAGUCGAUGACUUCAUACCUAAAAUUAAUGGGAGCACAGAAAAAGAGCACUUUCUUUCAAAGAGUGGAGGGGACUGCACUUUUAUUCAUCAAUUCAUAGAAUGUCAGAACAAGAUCAUAGAUGAAGGACAUCUAACCAAAGUGGAAGAAACAAAGCUUUUGAAAGAGAAUCAGGCAAGAGUGAAAGAAUCUGAUUUGUCAGACACUCUCAGUCCAAGCAAGGAAAAAAGCAGCGACGACACUACAGAUGCCCAAAUGGAUGACCAAGAUCUAAAUGAACCUAUUGCUAAAGUAGCUCUUCUGAAAGAUGAAUUGCAGGGUGCACAAUCAGAGACUGAGGCUAAGCAAGAAAUUCAGCAACUACACAAGGAGCUGAUUGAAGCCCAAGAGCUAGCUAGAACAAGUAAACAAAAAUGCUUUGAACUUCAAGCACUUUUGGAAGAAGAGAGAAGAGCAUAUCGAGUGCAAGUUGAAGAAUCUAACAAGCAAAUAAAUGUUCUGCAAGCUCAAUUGCGGAGGUUACAAGAAGAUAUUGAGAAUCUUCGUGAGGAAAAGGAGAGUGAAGUUUCAAGCACUCGAAAUGAGCUAGUCAGUGCUCAGAAUGAAAUUCUGUCGCUUCAACAAGUAGCCAAAAAGGCAGCAUCAGAACGAGAUACUGAUAUUUCUACUCUUCAAGAAGAGCUGCAAACUGUGCGAGCAGAACUUGAGCGGUGGCGGAAAGAUGCCUCAGAUUAUGAAAAAGAAAUUGUCAAUCUACAAGCCAGUUUUCAGCUCAGGUGUCAGCAGUGUGAGGAGCAGCACAAGGAAGAGGCUACUCGUUUGAAAGGUGAACUUGAAAAGUUGAAGGCAGAAUGGAAUGCUCUGGAAGCUGAAUGCGUUACACUAAGAAAGGAAAAUACUUCGCUUACAUCUGAACUUCAGCGACAAGAGAAGGAGCUUUCUAGCUCUCAGAAGCAGAGUUUAGCGCUAACCAGCAAUAUAAGUGUUCUUGAAAUGUCUCGAAAGGAACUUGAAAAUCAGAUGGGAUCUUUGAGAGAAAAACAUCAACAGGAUGCAGCUAGUCUAAAAAGCCAACUCAGUGAAGCUGAGAGUCAAGCAAAGGAUGUUCAGAAAGAGUAUGAAAGAACACAGGCAGCGCUCUCAGAACUGAAGGCGAAGUAUGAGAUGGCUGAGCAAGAAAAACAGUCAAUCACAGAAGAGCUUAAACAGUGUAAAGAAAACCUGAAGCUGCUACAAGAAAAAGGAAACAACCCUUCCAUAUUACAACCCGUCCCAGCCGUAUUCAUCGGCCUAAUCCUGGCUUUCCUGUAUUGGUGUUACGGCCCAUUGUGGUAGCGAAAGAGACAAUGGCCUUGGAUGCCUGUGAUGGCAGCUUUGGUUGCUGUAACAGCCGUGGUGCUGUACCCAGGCCUAACCAGAGCUUCUCCAUGAGAACUGUUGUUGAAUCCAUACACCGUCCUCCCUUUAGAAGCUGGCAACAUUCAUAUACUGAGGGAAAACAGAUUAAUUCUCUUCCUUUUUACCUCUUAAUACAGCACAGCUCCGCGUGAGAACAGCAGUAGGGUCAUUUGCUUUAAACUGUAUAAAAUGUAUCUGUCUAUAAAGAGGGAAUAAAAUUGUGAUUCAUCAUACUGUGAGCAAUAUUUUUGCUUACAAUUUCAUGCAAGUUUUAAAUUAGUAUGUUGGGAUUCUGAAUACUAUAAUGGUGGCCUAAAGUAGGCUUCUUGGUACCAAAUUAUUUAUAAUAGCUAGGUUUGCAGACACGUGCUUUAGAAUCUGAUUGCCAGAUUUAAAAGGAAAACAACAUUUCUGAUUUGGACACCCAAGCCAAGUAACCUUGCAGAUACUUGGAAAACGGAUGCAGUGUGCUCAGUGCCUUUCAGUAUGAUUUUUUUUUUUUUAAACUAGUAUAUCAUUUUACUUGCUGUUAGUCACUGAGCUGUUGGGAACAAGACUUAAGAAAACUUCUCUUAUCAUGCCUUUUGAAGGAAACAUAUUUUUCUUUGAUAAGGAUUGCUUUAUUAAUGACUUUUGGGGAAUAAACACAAUUCAUGUCCAGCCUUAAAGAGAUAGAAAUACUGAUGGUGGAGACCAGCCUAGAGUAUUUAGUGUGCGCGUGUGCGAGUAUAAGCAUGUGUGUGUUCUUGAGUGAGCUAAGGUAUUUCUGGGAGCAAACACUUGGUCAUUUGAUGGACAUAGUGCAGUGGUUCAACUCACGUUAACUUUAGUUUGAAUGUAAUUUAUUAAAUUUCAUAUAUUUAAAGAGGUGCGUUCUUUAAAAGUAUGAAUACUUUCUCACAUAUCACAUUGUAUCGAUUUAUUUUUUCAGUCAUUUGAUACUUUCUGACGAGCUGGAUAAACUCUUUAAUUAAGCUUUUAUUGACAUAACUUCAUUAAGAGAACUGCAACAGUGUGAUUAGCUGAAAAAAAUCUAAGAUACAUAAAAUACUACAAAAUUGGAAUCAUAUUCCUGGUAAUGUAUUGUCAGGUGAAUAUGAUUUUAAUUUGGUAGUAGAAUUUUGUGCAUCCUCAUCCCAUGGCUGUAAGUACGAUGCAGUGGUCCCCAUUACAAAGUUUAUUUUCCUUAUCCAAGUACUAUGCCUAUUGCUUUUUGCUGACUUUUGGUGGGAAUCACUGUAGUUAGUGCUGAAUUAAAUGUAGACUCUAGUUGUCUUGUUCAGCUCAACAGUUCUGUCAAAAAAGUUUAUUAAAGACUUAAAUAAUAUGCUAAAGAAUGGUAAAGUAAAAUGGCUCUGCUAAAGAAAGCUUCAACAUAGGGAGAUAAUCUCAACAUUUGAAUUGGCUUUAAACAAUUCUAUGGCAAUCAACAGGUAGUUUAAAUAUUUAAAUAGAAAUUUAGUAUAUAAUUUACCUUGUAAAGUUUUGAGGGUCAUUGUCCUUUAAUCAAAGGGUCUAUCUUAAGUUACAUGGGAUUUGCUCUUGGGAGGAUUAUUAGUUAUGGAAAUAAGUCCACAAGUGACUUGUAGAAAAUAUUGUCAUUUAGUUCAUUCAUUUCAUCAUUUUCAGUUGCAGGAGGCCACCCAACCACAGAACACUCGUAUGCCAGUGGUACUCAGUACCUCUUGUAUAUAGGUUAUUGCAAAUAUUGUUCUGAAAUGCUUAACUUCAGAAUUACAUUUUUUAAAGUAAAUAAUUGUUUUAAAUCUAUUUUGUAAAGAUAUAAAAAUACAAUAGAAUUUCUGGAGUACAGAUUAAACUAUUUGCACUAACACACGUGAUGUGCAUGAUUUAAUAAAAUAACUUUACUCUCCCUAUGCAUGUUUGAGUUGAAUCUCAUUUGAAAACAAUACUCAUGCUAAGUUUCUUUUGUGCUAGAUGUUGCCACAAUUACUAGGCACAAUGUCUGCAGCAUGUUCAGUAAUAUCAAAAGACUUUUUUUUUACGUUGUAUUUCACAUUUGCACUGGUUUAAGUUUUUGUCUAGCUGAUCUCUCUCCUGUCUGUGGCUUUCAGAAAGAAAGGGGGGAGGAGAGGGCCAUGAAGAACUUGGGAGCAUUCUUGCCGGGGAGAAAAUAAUAAAGUUUUUACAGCUGAAAGCUGGAUUGCGCCUGUGGCAGAGGUCAUGAGAUCGCAGGAGCAGUGGCUGUGGAUAUGGAAAGCCCUUCUGGGGGAAGGGAGCCUGAUGCUGCCUCUGUUCCUUAGCAUCCUGCGCUCCCCGGUUGUCCCUUUCAGCCACUUUUCCAACUGAUCCUCUUCCCUCCUCCCUGCGGGUAGCAUGUAGACAUGGUGUGAGGAGGUGGAGCAGAGGCCAGGAGCAGGGGUCCUUCGUGGCUCGCAGCGGGGAAGGGGCUGAGUUUCUUUGGACCCACAUUGGUUGGGGGCCCCCACUGCCAACGGGUGCCCCAUACUGAGCAGUGCUGCCUGUGACGUAGGCCUGGUUUUGUAUUAAAGACAAAUGUUGUGUUUUCAGAAAUCCUUAGUGCAUCAGAGAGCUGAAAUUUGAGACCCAACAUGGCUGUAUUAAAGGAGAAAGAUUAAUUACGUGCAUGUGUGCAUAUUUACAUUGCAUACACAGAUGCAUAGUACACAUUGCAUGGGUGCUCAUGCUUACAAUUAUACCUGUGUUUCCCUAAUACCAGGCCUUUCCCAGGAGUUCUUGACAUUUGCAUGUUCAAAAUGAUCAGGAAUCAGCACAGUUCACUCCCUGAGAAUCCCUGGAGAAGGGCUGGGGAAUGGGAAGUUACUGUUCUCCAGCGCGUUGACACUAAAGCAGCAAGUGAAAUUUUGUAAGCAGCCUGUCCACAAACCUCUCUUUUCAGCUGGUUUUCAUUGUGUUUGUUUAUGGUAAAUAUCUGUGCUCUUUUACAUUCAGAUUUUUUUUUCUUUUUAGUUUUGAGGCUUGAUUAGCUAAGCCUUGGAAUUCCUGCAACAAGAGCAGCUUUUCACAAGCAUUUAAGAUGCUCUGAGUCUACUUGUAAAAUGAGUGCUCUGAGCUUGAACCAAACUCUGAGGUUUUAAAAAGGUUUCUCAUACUAGGAAAAUACAUCUGAGAGUUAUUUUAUUGGUUACUAGUUCAAUUUGGAAAAUUUAUCAUAAUAAAAUGUCCAAAUACUUCUUCAGUUUUUCUUUGGUGUCUUGAUGAGGCACUUCUUUUUUAUUAUUAUUAUUAUUUUUAAGUUCUAAUAGCAAUUCUGCUUUCCUGGGGACUACUACAGCAACAAGCCUUUGAUGUACAACAUAAAAAAUAUACUGUAACUUUGCUGUUCCUUACAGCUGAACUAAAGGUGUUCUUCCAGAGUCUUCCUGACCCUUCUUCCAGACUCUCUGGAUGUUUUGGUGCUAAAUAGAGAGUUGUGAGCCUGCACAAUAUAUUGCAGUUUUCUCAUAAAACAGUCUUAGGGAGAUUUAGUGUCAAAUGACUGAUAGCUGAGGCAAAGGUGUAUUUUGAGGGUAUAUUCUUAAAUUUUUUUAAUUAAGUCUUCUGAAAUAUAUCAUCUGUUCAAAUUUUCAGUGUGCUUUACAUUUUGAAUGUCUCCUGCCUUAAUCUGUGUGGCUCUGUCGUUUGCAAGAGUCAUUUCUUCAGCUCCAUUCUUCUCUUUGGUAAAUGCCCCGCCGAUUCAUUCCACCAGCAGCACCCGAGUGCUUUAAAACACCGGGUCACCCCAGCCCCAGGGGCUUUCGGGACGCUGCUGUAGCUCACACUAGCUCUGAAACAAGUUGGCUGGUUCCCCCCUGGGGCCUUUUAUCCAGUCUGGUUUCUCAUCUGCCCUUAGCAACUUGUCUCAAGAGUUUUCUUUAAAAUAUCAGGAGGUCAUAGGAAAGAAUUAGAAGCCAUAUUUCCUCUCCCCUUCUGUCUUCCAAGCACAUACCUCUGAAUCUGUUCUAAGGGUGAUUUGUUUCUAGCAAACAACUGCUCUGAAUUCCUCAGAUCCAGGUGCCUUGAUGUUCCUAGUCCCUCUGUGCGCUUCUGGACGCACAAUUCCUUCCUUCCUUUCUUCUGUCCCUCUGUCCAUCUUCCUCUGGCAGGAAUCAGGCUGCAGUAUGUGUCUCCCAGUCCUUCCUGCUUCCUUGGGUUUUUAUUUUGUCCCAGCUAGUUCAAAUUAGUAAGCAAAGGUUUGCCCAUAGAGCCAAGUUCUUCUGCUUGGAGAGGAUUUGCACCCAUUACUGCUUUAAGAACUGCUACCAUAUUAUCAGAUUUGGCUUGGCAAAUUAGAAGUAGAAGGCAAAUUAGCAGUUGAAACAAAAGUUUCAGUGGUAAUGGCCGUCAGAGACUCAAAUUUCCGUUCAUUCAAAGGUGGAGGGAAUUCACAUCUGAUUACUGCUCUGGGUAUCGCAGUCACAAAACUUCACUGAUUUUAAUGUCAGAAACAUAAUGUCAAGUUAAAUUACAGCGCAUAUUUUAGAAAGAAAUACUGAUUUAAGAACUUCAGGGACAGAGUUGGUCACUUCUCUAGGUAAGUUACUUGAGCAAUUACUGUACUCUUGUUAUUUAAAAAAAAAAAAAAAGAUACGCUUGAAUUCAUCUGGUUUGGGCUCCCAGCUGUUAAUUUCAGUGCAUCUCUUUUAGAGGAUGUUCUGCUACUGCGAGUGUUGUCCUGAUCCAGACAUUUGACACACCAUGAUCAAAAUUCUAUUUAAAUAAAUACCUAAUUUUCUAAAAUACCUUCUAAUAUUUUUUGACGUGAAUGGAUUGAGUUUCUUAAUUUUUUUCUUCAUUCCUCUAAUUUUUGUUGUCAGCUUCUAAAAUUAUUUCUAAUUGUGUGAGCGUUAUUUUUUUGGAGGGGAUGCCAGAACAGAACAUGCUCUUACAGUGACAACCUUACUAACACGGGAUAAAUAAUACGUUUUGUAUCCCACUCUGAUAAUCCUGUUUGGCUGCCUACCAGAUCCCUAGGACCUUUCUGGUAUUCACUGGCUUCUCUAACAUUUGGAUUUUAAUCUUGCGAAUCAAAUCCGUGCAUUCCUCACAUCGCUCCAGCCGCGUGGUAUCUGACUGCAGGAUUGUUCAGCAGUAACUGCUGUAAGUGGGCAGCGCAAGACAGAAAGCUGUUCCCAUUACUGUUCACCAUCGUCAGUGUUCUUUUGUUUUUGCUAUUUUUUGUUUGGUUUGUCUUUUUUUUUUUUUUUCUUUCAGGUUUUAACAGCAAUGACUGUUAGAGCUUUUCUACAUUAUUGAUCAAAAAAUGUUGAAUGGUAGUGAGCCAAAUCCCAGAUCUCUGCAGGACAGUAGAGAAAACACACAAUGAUUACUUCACUUUGUUUUUGCAAUGUCAGCUGUUUCUUAAUCUGGAUUAUUAGUAGCAGUGCUAGUAGUGUAGCAAUCAUUUAUAUUGGGCUGUCAAAUGACUUACAGAAUUCUUGGUAUAGUAACGCCAAUAAAUUCAGUUUAAGAAAAAAAAAAAAGAAUUUUAUUUAAAAAAAAAAAAAAGCUUUGAUAGUUAUAAAUUAUUCUGUGUUCUGGCAUUCUGUACUGAUUGCUUCCCAUAGAUUACUAGGUGAUUUGAUUAGAGCUGAAGCAGAACCAGUUUUCCCAAGACCAUACAUCUUUUCCUUUUCUCCUAGCUAUAUUGCUGCCUCUUACUGCCACUUGCCUCUCAAAGGCAUUUCUAAUUCCAACUUAUUCAUGUGACUGUCUAAAUUUUUCAACCUACAGAGACUUAUUUCCAAUGCUGGCAAUGUAACACUUCUAAUGCACCAAGGAUAUGUGUGCAUGUGUAUAACUGCUCUUUGAGAUUGCGCUUGCGUGUGGGAAAAUAGAUCACAAUUGCUUGCGUUUAGCAACCAUGCAAAGGAAGGUUAGUAUGGAGAUGUAAUUAUUUCAUUAUAUGUAAUUAUUUCAUUAUGUCAGGAGAUAUAUUGAAAAUGCAGGUGUGCCUCUAAGCGUGUUCUCUCUUUACCAUAUCUGAUAAAGGUAAACCAAAGCUUACGUAAUUUUCUCAGACCUGAUGAGUAACAAGAGAAAAGUGAUUGUUCUGUUCCAUUGGAAUAAAGUUCAUCCAAAAUCUAGCUUGUAUUUGUUUCAGUACCCUCUGAUAGAAAUUCCUUAGAAUCACCACGCACACACACUACGAGUGUUCAUGUAAGGGCUUCAGUAUGGAAUGGAGUUAUUUUAAUCUUUUCAUGCCAAACCAUUAUGUCAAUAUUAUAUUUAUAUUUCUUGUUAGGAGUUCUUACUCUGGAAAAUACUUUAUUGGACGUGUCAUCAGUUUGAUGCAGCAACAAUACUUGUCUUGAAGAAUAUAGUAACUCGUAUUUAAAAUGUUCCGAAUAUACAAUGUGUCUUUUGGGAUGAAUAAACAGUAAAAUUUACAAGAAUAAAUCUACAACACAACGGA